GCGCCGAGGACACCAUGAGCCAGGACGCGGAGAUCGACAUGAAGGAGGUGGAGCUGAACGAGCUGGAGCCCGAGAAGCAGCCGAUGACGGCGGCGGGCGGCGGGGGGCCCGGGGGCCCCGCGGCCGGCGGCGAGAAGAACGGGCUGGUCAAGGCCAAGGCGGCCGAAGAGGGCGAGGUUGGCGGCGGCGGCGGCGAGGACCCGGCGGCGGCCAAGUUCACGGGGCUGUCGAAGGAGGAGCUGCUGAAGGUGGCCGGGCGGCCCGCCUGGGUCCGCACCCGCUGGGCGCUGCUGGUGCUGUUCUGGCUGGGCUGGCUGGGCAUGCUGGCCGGGGCCGUCGUCAUCAUCGUGCGGGCGCCGCGCUGCCGGGACCUGCCCGCCCAGGCCUGGUGGCACCGGGGGCCGCUCUACCGCGUCUGGGCCCUCCAGGCCUUCCGGGGCCCGCAGCCCAACGCCCCCGCCAGGACCGCACUCCAAGACUUGAAGAGCCAUCUGGAUUACCUGAGCACUCUGAAGGUGAAAGGGCUGGUGGUGGGACCCAUCCACAAGAACACCAGAGACCACCUCAACGAGACGUACCUCGAACAGAUCGAGCCCAAUUUCGGCGAUAAGGAAGACUUCCUAAACUUUUUGGAGGCUGCUAAGAAAAAGAGCAUCAAGGUCGUUCUAGAUCUGACCCCCAACUAUGAGGGUACGGACAGCUGGUUCAAACCAGAUGAGAUGGAGGAGCUGAGCGGAAAGAUGAAGCGGGCCCUGCACUACUGGUUGGAGGUUGGAGUGGACGGAAUCCAGCUUAAGAGUGUCGACCUGAUCCCGAACUUAGAUACCCUGGAAGAGUGGCAGAAUUCCACUCAACUCUUCACCAAUGACAAGCUCCUGUUGGUGGGAACGUCUUCUCGCCAGAAGGACGAGAUCCUGCGGGUUCUCACCCUAACGAGUGGCAAGCCGAUGAACAGCCUGUACGUGGACAACUAUUCCUCAGGGAAGGAGAUGAGUGAUGCUGUCUCUGAAUACGUCCAAAAGGCCGAGAAGCUGUACAGGCCCUCGUGCGGCUGGGCUGUGUCUCAGGACGCCCACCUGUCCAGCAUCGUACCCGCUCACCUCCUCCGCAUAUACCAACUGCUGCUGUUCACCCUGCCCGGAACGCCUCUCUUCAGCUACGGGGAUGAGAUAGGGCUGCAGAAACUCUCUGUACAGCCGGACGCUGACCCCAUGAUGUGGUGGGAAGAAACUCCAGGAGAGGCGGUCGGGUUCAACAUGACGGUCGCGGGCCAGAGCGGGGCCCCCACCUCCCUCCUCACCCUUUUCCGGCGCCUGAGCGACCAGCGGGGAAAGGAGCGGUCGCUGCUGCACGGAGAGUUCCAGGUGAUCGCGACGGACGCGAACCCGCAGGUCUUCGCCUACGUGCGCCACUGGGACCAGAACGAGCGCUUCCUGGUGGUGCUGAACCUGGGGAGCACCUUGGUCCAAACGCAGCUGAGGGACACCUCACUGCCCUCCACCGCCACUCUGUUGCUCAGCACGGAGCUCGACCACCCCGAGGGGACCACCAUGUCCCUCGAGUCCGUACCCGUCAACCCGUGGGAGGGGCUGCUACUCACCUUUCCCUACGUCGCCUAGCCCUCCUCUCCGACCCUAGCCCCUUCUACUCUUACUGUUACUGUCGUCUUGGUUUUUUUUUUUACUGCUGUAAAAGUCAUGUGACAAUAAGGGGUAGCGGGUGGUGCCCGCUUCCAGAGAAUAAAGGUCUCCUAGCAAGCAGA